AUGAAUCUCCGUCAACAAUUGACACAGUUCCUCACGUUGGCCUACGUGUUCACGUCGGCUUUCGUCAUGUGGAAGGGCCUCAGUGUAUUUGCCAACUCCCACUCGCCGAUCGUGGUGGUGUUGUCGGGUUCCAUGGAACCUGCGUUCCAAAGAGGUGAUAUCUUGUUCUUGUGGAACAGAGACAGCCAGGCGAAGGUGGGCGAUGUGGUGGUCUACGAAAUCAAGGGCCACUCCAUUCCAAUCGUCCACCGUGUCCUCAACGAGCACCACAACGACGAAAAGCAGCUUUUGCUAACCAAGGGUGACAACAACGCAUUGAACGACUUGUCGCUUUACGCCAAAAAGCAGGCCUACUUGAAUCAGAAGGAGGACCUCGUGGGCACCGUCAAGGCGUACGUGCCUAAGCUCGGGUACGCCACGAUUUUGAUCACCGAGAACAAGUAUGUGAAGUUCACGCUUCUUGGGCUCAUGGGCAUAUCCGCUGUUCUCAGCGGCGAGUAG